AACAGUCUCCACUCAAGCUAAGCCUCAUCCAUCGGUUUGGACUUCAGCAGUGACCAUGAAGUGUCUCGUCAUUGUGCUGGCGUUUGCCGUUUUUGCUGAGGGACUUGUCAGGGUCCCUCUGGUGAAGCGCAAGUCAAUCCGUGAGAAGAUGCGGGAGAAAGGCGAAAUCCUGCCCUACCAAGACCCUGCCCUUAAAUAUUACCCAGAGUUGGACGGCUCCUCCACCAUGUACAUCAACAACUACGCUGACACGACAUAUUUCGGAGCCAUCAGCAUUGGAACCCCCCCCCAGUCCUUCCAGGUGCUGUUUGACACUGGCUCUUCAAACCUGUGGGUCGACUCCACCUACUGCAACACCGCGGCAUGCAAUGCCCAUACAAGGUUUGACCCCCAGCAGUCAUCCACUUUCCAAAACAAUGGCCAGUCCUUCUACCUGCCUUAUGGAGCAGGCAGCCUUUAUGGAGUCUUUGGAUAUGACACAGUCAAUGUUGGUGGUAUCGUCGUCACUGACCAGGAAUUUGGUCUGAGCACUAAUGAACCAACUGUGCCUUUUGGUUCGGCUCAAUUCGAUGGUAUCCUGGGCCUGUCCUACCCUUCUCUCGCAGUCGGACAAGUGACUCCAGUCAUGGACAACAUGAUGUCUCAGAAUCUUCUGCAGUCCGACAUAUUUGCUUUCUACUUGACCGGGGGCGGCCAGCAGGGCAGUGAGCUGUCGUUUGGAGGAGUGGACCAGUCGAAGUAUGAGGGCCAGCUCAACUGGAUCCCCGUUACCGCCGAGACGUACUGGCAGAUUGGCAUCCAAGGGUUCCAGAUCAAUGGUCAAGAGACAGGAUGGUGUAGUCAGGGCUGCCAGGCCAUCGUGGACACAGGCACCUCCAUGCUGACUGCACCCAGCCAGUUCCUGGGAACCAUGAUGCAGUCCAUCGGAGUCCAGCAGAACCAGUAUGGAGAGUAUGCAGUGAACUGUAACCAGAUCAACAGCCUGCCUACUCUCACUUUCGUCAUGAAUGGAGUCAGCUUCCCCCUGUUACCAUCUGCAUACAUCCGACAGACAAACCAGGGUGGGUACCUGGUGUGCUCCGUUGACAUCACCCCCACCUACCUGCCAUCCCAAAACGGACAGCCCCUGUGGAUUCUGGGAGAUGUAUUCCUAAGGGAGUACUACUCUGUCUACGACCGCGCAAACAACCAAGUGGGCUUUGCGACUGCAGUCUAAGUCUGACCAACAUGACAACAU